GUGUCAAUCAGUUGUCAAAAUCAAACUGGUUUCAAAAGACCCAUAUGUUUUUGAUAGUUUUAAGUAAUUAGUAAAAAUGUCGACGCCAAAACAUGCAGUCGUACGUGAAAAAAUCCAAGAAAUGUCCUCAGAAGUGGUGGAUUCCAACCCCUACAGUCGGUUGAUGGCUUUAAAACGUAUGGGGAUUGUGAACAAUUAUGAGAACAUUAGGAAAUUUACUGUGGCAGUUGUCGGUGUAGGAGGAGUUGGUAGUGUUACAGCUGAGAUGUUGACAAGAUGUGGUAUUGGCCGACUGAUCUUAUUUGACUAUGACAAAGUCGAAUUGGCCAACAUGAACCGACUGUUCUUCCAACCUCACCAGUCAGGAUUAAGUAAAGUUGAAGCUGCUGCUGAAACUUUAAAACAUAUUAACCCUGAUGUUGACAUUUUGACUUACAACAUGAAUAUAACCACAGUAGACAAUUUUGAACAAUUUGUUAGAAUUUUAACCACAAGUAGCCUGACUGAAGGACCAGUGGACUUAGUUUUGAGUUGUGUAGACAAUUUUGAGGCAAGAUUCGCUAUAAAUUCCGCAUGCAAUGAGUUCAACUUGAACUGGUUCGAGUCUGGUGUGUCUGAAAAUGCCGUAUCUGGUCACAUACAGUUCAUCAUUCCUGGAGAAACUGCAUGUUUUGCUUGUGCUCCUCCUUUGAUAGUAGCCUCCAAAAUCGACGAAAAAACGCUGAAAAGGGAUGGGGUUUGUGCAGCAAGUCUCCCAACAACCAUGGGCAUUGUUGCUGGAUUCCUUGUGCAAAACACUCUGAAGUACCUCCUACAAUUCGGCACCGUAACUAACUAUCUCGGGUACAGCGCCCUGGACGACUAUUUCCCCAUCCUCAAGCUCAAACCCAAUCCGAACUGCGAAGACUCCAACUGCAGACAGAGGCAGAAGGAGUAUGCUGAAAAACCGAAGCCAGAGGUGGCUGAAGAAGCUAAGGAAGACGACCAACCUCUGCACGAAGACAACGAGUGGGGCAUUAGUUUGGUCGAUGAAAGUUUGGAUACAGGCGCAGAUAAGAUUAAGGUUGCAGAGGGUGUCCAAUUAGCUUAUACCAUUCCAAAAGACGACAGUAUUGAUGAAUGCCAAGAGGCGACUUCCUCUAAAGAAGUCAGUUUGGAUGAACUCAUGAAUCAGAUCAAAAAUAUUUAGAUGGGAAUCUUUCGUCCUACUACAGAAUGUCAUAGACAAACAGAUGAUUGUAUUGAUUAGCAAUGUGGAUUUGUUGCAGGCAGCGUUAUUAAUUGAUAUUCUGGAGUAGACGCAUUUUAAUGCUUAUACAUGCAUUUGCUAUUUAUUGUUUUUAUUACUAAAUUUUUUAUAAACAUCUUUACGGUUAUUUAAUAAAAGACGUGCAUGAAAAU